CAUAUUUCCUUCUUACAGAACAUCAUGGCAGCCCAUCAGGAGAAAAAAUUUGCUCAAGAAAGAAAACAUAAAAACAUCCAAAAUGAUACUAAAGCAUCUCAAGGCCAGUGGGGAAGAGCAUGGGAGGUGGACUGGUUUUCCUUGGCAAGCAUUCUUUUCCUGCUCAUGUUUGCACCACUGAUCGUSUAUUACUUCAUCAUGUCCUGUGACCAGUACCAGUGUUCUCUGACUGAUCCACUCCUGGACUUGCUGACGGGCAAUAAACAUCUGUCUGACAUCUGGAACAAGACUCCCAUGCUGACCUAUAGGGCCGCUGGCAUCUAUUCCCUUUGGGUCACUUUCCAGGUGGUUUUGUAUGUGUUCAUUCCUGACUUCUGCCAUAAAUUUCUUCCUGGAUAUGUKGGAGGUGUACAAGAAGGUGCUGUCACCCCUGCUGGUGUAGUGAAUAAAUAUCAAAUCAAUGGACUUCAGGCCUGGAUCAUUACCCAUGUGCUUUGGUUUGCAAAUGCUUCUUGCUUCCACUUCUUCUCACCUACCAUCAUAUUUGACAAUUGGAUUCCUCUCUUGUGGUGUGCCAAUAUCCUGGGAUAUGCAGUUUCCACAUUUGCAAUGAUUAAAGGCUACUUUUUCCCUACCAAUGCCAAAGACUGCAAAUUCACUGGAAACUUCUUUUAUGAUUACAUGAUGGGGAUUGAAUUUAACCCUCGAAUAGGGAAGUGGUUUGAUUUCAAGCUGUUCUUCAAUGGGCGCCCUGGGAUUGUAGCCUGGACUUUAAUCAACCUUUCCUUUGCUGCCAAACAACAGGAGCUGUAUGGUGAAGUGACAAACUCCAUGAUCCUUGUCAAUGUCCUUCAGGGUCUUUAUGUUCUGGACUUCUUUUGGAAUGAAGCCUGGUACUUGAAAACCAUUGAUAUCUGCCAUGAUCAUUUUGGAUGGUAUUUGGGCUGGGGAGACUGUGUUUGGUUACCUUACCUCUAUACUUUGCAGGGUCUGUAUUUGGUUUACCAUCCUGUCCAGCUGUGCACAGCUCAUGCCAUAGGGAUCUUGAUGCUGGGCUUCCUGGGUUAUUACAUCUUCAGAAUGACCAACCACCAGAAGGACCUCUUCCGUCGUACCAAUGGCAACUGCAGGAUCUGGGGGAAGAAGCCGGAGUACAUCGAGUGCUCCUAUGUGUCCGUGGAUGGGACCAAGUACUACAGCAAGCUGAUGACCUCUGGAUUUUGGGGCUGGGCACGUCAUUUCAACUACACGGGAGACCUGAUGGGCUCGCUGGCUUAUUGCCUGGCCUGUGGCUUUGAGCACAUCCUGCCUUACUUCUACAUYGUUUACAUGACCAUUCUGCUCACCCACCGCUGCAUUAGGGAUGAGCACCGUUGUUGCAGCAAAUACGGGAAGGACUGGAAGCGCUACACUGCUGCAGUGCCCUACCGGCUCCUGCCCAGAAUAUUUUAAGGCUAACACAGGAUCCAGGGGAAAGAAAAAAGAAGAAACAUACAGGCAUGCCUUGCUUAAAGUAACUGAAAUGAGGCACUGAAAUGCCCUAGUUUUUUACAAGACUCUUUUACUUGGAAUACCCCUCUGAAUCUCCCCAUUUCCAAAUUAGGUUGAAGUUGAAGAAAAGUUGCAUGUAUUGAGACUCCUGAGAAAUCCCAAAGCUGGCAGGUGGUGUUACCCGUGGUAGUACCAGGGUUCUGGAAGCAGUGGCUCAGGAGAGGAGGCAAAGAGUGCUGUCAUCUCUUAAGRAAGAAGUUGUCUGAUGCAGUUGCUUCUGACUAUCAGAACCUACAAUCGGGAACAACGGCAAAGGAGGUUUGAUGGUUGGUUACUUCUCAAGAGAUGAACUCUGGCAAUGCUGAACUGCAAAACCUGAUCUAAAAUGAUUGUUAUAAUCUAAAACAGAUAUUUCAGAAAACUGUUAAAAAUCAGUAACAUUUUAAGCCCCUGACAAUAUGGUACAUGACCAACUGAGUUUUGUUUUGAUACUGAAACCAAAUUUUGUGGAGAUACUGAGCUGUGCUUGUUGGGCUGAAGUAGAGUUAAUUUUUGUCAUAGUCGCUGGUAUGGGCUUCCUGUAGUUUUGGAUUUGAGCUGAAACACUAUUGAUAACAAUAGGGAUAUUUUCAUUAUUGCUGAGCACUGUUUGGACAGCAUCAAGGCUUUUUYUGCAUCUCACCACCCUCACCAGCAAGUGGGCUGGGGAUGGACAAGGAGCUGGGAGGGGACACAGGCAGGACAGCUGGGCCCAAGGGAUAUCCCAGGCCAUAGAGCAUCAUGCUCAGCCCAUAAAGCUGGAGGAAGAAGGAAGUGGGGAAUGUCAUUCCAAGACACCAUUACAUGGGAUUGGAGCCCUGCUUUCCUGGAGAUGGCUGAACAUCUGCCUGGUGGUGGCCACUGGGGAAUAGAUUCCUUAUUUUGCUUUGUUUCUGUGCACAGUUUUUCCUUUACCUAUUAAAUUGUGUUUWUCUCAACCC